UCUUCUGGUUUUAAUUAGUUUCUGAAAAUUAUUUUUCAUUGCCGGUGAGAUGGAAACAGAUAAGUAUUUGAAAAUUAUGGAGGAGCUGACCAGCAAUGCUCAUGAGAUGCAGGAAAAACUAUUGGAGGAAAUAUUAAAACGAAAUGCAGGAACUGAAUAUCUAAAAGGCUACCUCCAUGGCCAAGCCGACAAGAAACUGUUCAAAGAGAAUGUUCCCAUUUCGACUUACGAAGAUAUCAUGCCUUAUAUUGACCGAAUUGCCAACGGAGAGCCAUCAGAUAUCCUUUUAGCUGAUCUUGUACUCGGAUUUCUACGAAGCACUGGCACUACGGGAGGGAAGCGAAAGUUGAUACCGUACACAGCUGAGAGUUUGGACAAAAUGUGUUUACAACCAAUCCUAGCUGAGGCUGUCAUGGGAAAAUAUUUUGAUGGCUUAGACAAAGGAAAAGGAAUGUACUUUCUUUUUGCCAAUCCAGAGGUUGAAACUCCAUGUGGUUUAAUGGAAAGCUCGUAUACUACAACCUACUUUAAGAGCAGUGGCUUCGAAAACAGUGUGGCUAAAAUCUGCACAAGCCCUGUUGAGAUAAUCUUGUGCUUAGACACCCAGCAGAGCAUGUACUGCCAAUUAUUGAUUGGUUUACUUCAAAGUGAUCAAGUUUUGAGGGUUGCUACAAUCUUUGCAUCUACUUUGGUUCGGAGCAUUAAGUUUUUAGAAGAUUGCUGGAAAGAGCUAUGCUUUAACAUAAGGACAGGUCGUGCAAGCGAUUGGAUUACUGAUGCAGGAUGCAGAAAUGCAUUGUCUUCAGUCCUCACCGAGCCAAAUCCAGAGUUGGCUGAUUCAAUAGAACGUGCAUGCGGGGGACAAUCAUGGCAAGGGAUAGUUAAAAAGCUUUUCCCUAAAACAAAGUAUAUUGGUGUUCUUGUUACAGGAAGUAUGAGCCAAUAUAUCAAGAUUCUUGACUUCUAUUGUGGUGGCCUGCCUCUAGUUUCAGAAUAUUAUUCUUGUUCUGAAGCUGUUUGUGGUAUCAAUUUAAAACCUCUAAGCAAGCCCUCGGAAGUCUCUUACACCUUUCUUCCCAAUAUGGCCUACUUUGAAUUUCUACCUGUGAAAGAAGACAAUGAAAAGUUGACUCAAGAAUCUAGGGAAACAGAGAAUAAAAAUGAAGAUAUUGAACCUGUUGAUCUUGUGAAUGUGAAGCUUGGUCAAUGUUACGAACUACUUGUCACAACUCUUACAGGUCUAUAUCGAUACAAUGUUGGAGAUGUUCUUAUGGCAACUGGUUUCCACAAUAAUGCUCCUCAAUUCCGGUUUAUAGAGCGGAAAAAUGUGGCUUUAAACCUUGAAUUUGAAAAAACUACUGAAACAGACCUCUCAAGAGCAGUGACAGAUGCCGAAGUCCUCCUUGAGCCCCUUGGCUUUCUCUUGGUUGGGCACACUAGUUAUGCUGACACUUCAUCGAAACCAGGUCACUAUGUAUUAUUUUGGGAGCUUAAGAUUCCAGGAACUAGCGAUAUGCCAAAGCUAGAUCCCAAGAUAAUGGAACAAUGCUGCUCUACAGUGGAAAAAUCACUUAAUUUUCAGUAUGGAAUUCAGAGGAAGUACGGUGUAAUUGGCCCUUUAGAGAUCAGAGUGGUAAAAUAUGGAACCUUUGAUGCACUUAUGGAUUUCUAUGUAUCAAGGGGCGCUUCCAUUACUCAAUACAAGACACCCUGUUGCAUCAAAUUGGAAGAUGCCAUAAACGUAUUGGACUCCAAGGUGGUGGGAAGAUACUUCAGCCCCAAAACUCUUGAUUAAGAUGCAUCCAAUCCUAUGUUUGUCUUGUGACUUUGGUGAAGGAUAAAGCCUCUUGCAGAAGGUAAUUCUAUACGGUCAAAACAGCUGCAGCAAAAUCUUUAUCGACUCUGCCUCCAGUUGUUUAAAGGGUGAAUGUAAUAUGCAUCUGCAUUGAUUGGAAAUAGCUUAUGUUAGUUCUUGGUAUCAGCUUCCUUGGUUUAUCAAGUUCAACUUCUAUUUGACUUUAUUGAUGUAUAAGACCUUCACCAAUAGUAAAUCGUU